AUGGCUGACUCCACAGGUGAUCCAGAGACAGGCAAAGAUGUGGAAGAUCUGACAAAAAGCUUGGAGGAACUCUGUGAGAGCUCUAAGGAGCAGAGUGAGGAGGUGCUGCUGCUUUCACACCUAAAACAGCAUCAUCAUUUCGUCUCUAUACUGAAGAGGAAAGUGGAUGACACACACAAACGCUGCAGAGACCUGGAGCAGCUCAACAUGGAGCUGGAGAAACUGAGGGGAGAAGAUGCUGUGAAAAUUAAAACCCAGACCCACCGUAUUCAGUAUUUGGAGGGGCGCUUCAUGGAUCUGGUCAAAAACCAUGAAAAGAUGAUUCAGUUCAAAAAUGAACACAAAAAACAGCACCUGCAGCUGUGGGAGGAGAACAAGCGCCUGUGGCAGGACAGGGAAGCACUCUUCAGGCAGGCUGUGAGGGAGAAGGAAGCUGAAGUGCUCCAGCUGGCAGCCCAGGCCAGGAAGCUCUCACAGCAGUUCUGCUCCUUGCAGGAGAAAUAUGCUUCUGAGAGUCACAGAGCCCAGGAGUGAGAGAAGGAGCUGCUGGAAGCUCAGAGCCAACUUGCAGAUGCCUGUGCCCAGGAGGUGGAUUCACUGAAGGAGCAGCUGCAGGUCCUACAGGAGAGGCACCAACAAGCUGCUGCAAGGGCAGAGCAGGCAGAGAGCCAGCAGAGGGCUCAGGGCAGUGAGCUGCAGGCCAAGCUGGAAAGGGCACAUGAAGAGAAAGAGCAGCUACUGAACCUGGCCAUGGAGAGGAGCAAAGCUCUGCAAGAUAAGGAGCGGGGGAUUCAGAAGCUGGAGGAGAAGCUAGAGACUGUGGAGGAAGCAGGAAGCAGGAUGCAGAGAGCAGGAAGGUGCCUCAAGAAAGAGGCAGCACCAGUAGACAAAGAUCCAAAGGUUCAAGAACUCCAAGGACAGCUAGAACGCAGCAAGCAGGUGUACAAUGGACUCCUGCUGCAGUUCGAUGCUUCCAGAAAGCACAGUAUGGGUUUGUUGACUAAAGAGAGAGCUCUGAACAUCAAACUCUGUCACUUUGUUGCAUAA